AUGUCGACCAAGUACCUGGCUGUGUCAGUACCGUCGUCAAUAACCCCCUCGGGACACAAGGACGAUGCGAUCGGCGCCAUACAAAAGGUCGUAGGACCUGGGAACGGCGAUGUCACCAGUUUCCAUAUCCCAGAUUUCAAGAUUGGCACGCUAGACGCAUUAUUACAGCAAUCGGAGGAACUGAGCAAGCUAGAGGGGCUGUGCAAUUCGGUGGUGGGCAAGGUCGGAGAUACUCUGAAGAACGUCCUGGACGGAGACGAAGAGAAGAUUGCUGUGCACAAGAAUGUCAAUGACAAACCCCUCGAACAGUACCUGCGGAGUUUCUCGUGGAACAAGGUCAAGUAUCGAGCGGACCGACCCUUGUCGGAAUUGAUCGAUCUGUUGCAGAAGGAAGCAAAUUCAAUCGACAAUGACGUCCGAUCGAAAUACAACCAGUACACUGCCGUGCGGACGAAUCUACAGACGCUUCAACGGAAGCAGAUUGGGAACCUCUCCACCAAGUCCCUUGUCAGCGUUGUCCCUCCCAAUGUUCUUGUUACCGACUCCGAACACCUCGAAACCCACCUGGUGGCGAUUCCGAACUCGAACGUGAAAGAGUUCAUGCGAUCCUACGAAACUCUGGCUCCUAUGGUUGUCCCCCGGUCGGCGUAUUUUGUCGCUUCCGACGACGAGUUCACUCUGUAUGCGGUCACGAUGUUUAGAAAAUACAGCCAUGAAUUUGUGCACAAAGUAAGAGAGAAGAAAUGGGUCCCGAGAGAUUACAAGUUCAAGGAAGGCGGCAAGGAGGAGGAACAGAAGGAGGUUCAACGCGUAGAGGCGGAAGAGAAAAGAGUCUGGGGCGAGACAUUACGGCUAGGCCGCACUGGUUGGAGCGAAGGCGUAAUGUGUCUAGUCCAUGUGGUUGUGCUGAGGGUGUUUGUCGAGACGGUGCUCAGAUACGGACUGCCGCUGGAUUAUGUGGCUGUUCUGAUAAAGACCGACUCGAAGCGGGAGAAAAAGGCCAAACAGAACCUCGACACCGAAUACUCCUACCUAGCAGGCAAUGCUUUUGGACGGGAUAGCAAAGGUCGGCCGCAGAAGGACGAGGGAAUGUCAGGCGUGGAGCUUGCAACUGGUGGAGAUCAAGGCGAAUAUUCUGCUUAUGUUUAUUACGUUAUUGAUGUCGAUUGA